AUUCCCCUCCCUCACCCCACCCGCCCAAUUUCGAAGUCCAGGAAAAUGCUAUCUACUCUUCAUCCUCCUCGCUCCCUCUCCUCUCGCUUCCCUCGAUACAUAUCCUCACUCCCCGUUACCCUCUGCACCCUCACUGCCCAAUCUCCUCCCUCCCAAGUCCUCUCCAUCCGCCACGCCCUCCUCUCCCGCCACGUCACCGCCACCCAACUAGCCGAGUCCUACCUCACCCGCCUCCGCCUCACGGAGCCCCACCUCCGGUCAUUCCUCCACCUAUCCGACGCCGUUUCUCAGCAGGCAUCCCGCAUUGACGAACAGAUCGCCGGGAACGAGCAGGUGGGCCCCCUCGCCGGAGUCCUCGUGGCCGUUAAGGACAACAUCUGUACGGCGGAUAUGCCCUCCACCGGUGGGUCCCGUGUGCUCGAGGGCUACCGCCCGCCGUUCGAUGCCACGGCCGUCAGGAAGAUAAAGGAGCUCGGGGGAAUUGUGGUUGGAAAGACCAAUCUCGACGAGUUUGGCAUGGGGAGCACCACCGAAGCCUCUGCUUUUCAGGUGACUGCAAACCCAUGGGACGUGUCUCGGGUGCCAGGAGGAUCAUCAGGAGGCUCAGCUGCGGCUGUUUCCGCCAGGCAGUGUGUGGUGUCACUGGGAAGUGAUACCGGUGGAAGUGUCCGGCAGCCAGCAUCAUUUUGUGGCGUUGUUGGAUUGAAGCCCACGUAUGGACGUGUCUCAAGGUAUGGGCUUAUGGCGUAUGCAUCGUCACUUGAUGUCAUUGGCUGCUUUGGAUCGUCGGUUGCCGAUACUGGGAUUCUUCUUCAUGCAAUUUCUGGUCACGAUCGACUUGAUGCCACCAGUAGUAAGCGAGGGGUUCCUGACUUUGCAUCUCAAUUUGCCUCCAUGGAUUUGUUGGAAUCUAAACCAUUGAAGGGACUAAGGGUUGGCCUGAUACUUGAAACUCUUGAUGAUGGUGUUGAUAGUGGAGUGAUAUCUGCAAUACGGGGUGCUGCUUCGCAUCUUGAGGACCUAGGAUGCUCUGUGUCUGAGAUCUCCUUACCAUCUUUCUCCCUUGGUUUGCCUGCCUAUUAUAUUCUUGCGGCAUCUGAAUCAUCUUCCAACUUAUCACGUUAUGAUGGUGUCAGGUAUGGAGACCAAGCCGCUACUGGUGAGCUAACCUCUCUUUAUGGGGAUUCUCGAGCUAAAGGAUUUGGUCCCGAGGUCAAAAGGAGAAUUUUAACAGGAACAUAUGCCCUUUCAGCUGGUUAUUAUGAUGCAUAUUACAAGCGUGCCCAGCAGGUCAGGACCAUAAUACGGAAAAGUUUCAAGGCAUCAUUGGAUGAAAAUGACAUCCUAAUUUCACCUGCUGCUCCAUCUGCUGCUUAUAAGAUCGGUGAGAAAAAAGAUGACCCAUUGGCAAUGUAUGCGGGUGACAUCAUGACUGUCAAUGUUAACUUGGCAGGGCUACCUGCUUUGGUUUUGCCCUGUGGAUUUGUUGAAGGGGGAGUUGCAGGCCUCCCUGUUGGUCUUCAGAUGAUUGGUGCAGCAUUUGAUGAGGAAAAAUUGCUGAAAGUGGGACAUAUCUUUGAGCAGACUCUUCAAAAUUGUAGAUUCGUGCCUCCACUGAUAGAAGAUGACAGUGCAUGGUAGCUACCAAGGAUCUUUGAUGAGGAUGUGAAAAACCUUUUCUGUCCAUUGAUUGAAGUGUCUGGGGUCAUCAAUUUGCACAUGACAGCGUGCAGGGCCACUACACUUGUAAAACAAUUUGGAUGUAUGAUAUGAUAGUGAUACUGAUAGGGUAUCAUUACUUAUCAAAAAAAGAUAUUGAUAGGGUAUCAUUGCCAAUAUUUUGGUAUUUAUUGGCUUUAUUAAUUAGGAUUCGAAUUUUCCUAAAACAGGCAACUUCGAGUGUUUAGUUCUCAAGGAAUCAUAAACGUCAGUUAAAUUA